AUGACGAACAUCAACGACAAGGAGGAAGUCCAUCACAGUCCCUCUGUGAUGACAUUGAAGAAGUUUGGGAGGAAGCUGAUGAACCACCCGCAGGUUAGCAGUGGGAAGCCUGUGCUGGACGCACAGGGGGAGCCCAUACGGCCGCUGAGCAAGAGGAGCACGUCGCCCACUGGGAAGACGCUGGUGCGGAACAGCAGUCGGUCGCCCAGCAGGGCGCGGUCCAGCUCCCUGAGCAAGAAGGUGCCUGCGAGGGCCACGGAGGCCAACUUCACCCGGGGGCCUGUGUCCUCGGCGAAGUCGUCGGUAGCACUUAAUGAGCUGAUCAAGCACAGCCACAAUCCUUAUGUUAUUACGGAGGAGCACUCGCAGCGUGCGCCCAACCAGCUCCAGAGGAAGCCGUCUGCUGGCGGGGGUUCCGGGAUAGCUGGCAGAAGAGAGGCACAUACCCACCACGGGAACAAACCUGCAAGUAUGGCUGGCCAUGCUAACCAGGGCCACAGCUUGUCUCGGAAUCCCUCGAAGUCGGGACUGCACGCCGACGCUAACAUGGUCUAUAACCCAUACGGGAUGAAUCCGAACCUGAGAAGACCCGACACGGCGUACAUCGACACUUUGAAAGAGAACGCUGGCGACCUGAGCUUUUACAUGCAUGAUGGUAAUGAGAAAAUCAGGAUGCUGCCAUUGCCAAUUGAGGACCCUAACAAAUUUCUACCGGAGGAAAUGCAACAAUUCAGUAUUAACUUGGCUGACAAUUUUGUCUUUGACGCUGCAAACAAACCAAUUGGGUCCGGUGGUUCCAGUGAGGUCAGAAAGGUCAAGUCUGCUUAUAAGGCCAAGGAUGUUUACGCUUUAAAGAAACUAAACAUGAUUUACCAUGAGACUCCCGAGAAAUUUUACAAGAGAUGCUCCAAGGAGUUCAUCAUUGCGAAAUCAUUGAGUAAGAAUAUUCAUAUUAUCAAGACUUUCUAUUUGUUGAAGGUGCCUACAACUACAUACACCACCAGAGGCUGGGGUUUCAUUAUGGAGUAUGGUGUGAAGGAUCUGUUUGAGUUGAUGGCCAGAAGCGGAUGGAGAAACGUACCGUUGGAAGAAAAAUAUUGCCUUUUUAAACAGGUGGCUGAGGGAAUCAAGUUCUGCCAUGACAAUGGUAUUGCGCAUAGAGAUUUGAAGCCUGAAAAUGUGCUGCUUUCAAAAGAUGGUGUAUGCAAGUUGACUGAUUUUGGUAUUUCUGACUGGUACCGUAAGGAUCCCAAUGAUCCAAACAGCCCAUUAAAGACCACAGAGGGUAUGAUCGGUUCCCCACCGUACACGCCACCGGAAGUUAUGUACUGGGAUGCCAAGAAGCACUAUGCUGAAUCUCUGAAGAAGCCAUAUGAUCCGCUGAAGAUGGACCCCUACGCACUAGGUAUCAUGCUCAUUACUAUGGUUAACAAUAUCAUACCGUUUCUGGACUCGUGCAACACUGACUUGAGAUUCAGAGAGUACGAGACCUCGUAUGAGAACUUCAUAGCCCAUGGUAAUCCUGCGUUCAGACAGAAAGGUGUUUACAAGCCAGGUCCUGGAAGUGAGUACAGUUUAGCCAAGCAGUUCAGAAACACGGAGGCGUCUAGAGUGGCAUGGAGGCUAGCUGACCCCAAACCCGAGACGCGUUACACUAUGGAGGACCUGUUUAACGACCCAUGGUUCCAGAACAUCAAGACGUGUGUUUACCCUGACGAUGCAUAUACAGUCACAGAACCCGAGUUGCGGAAAGCCACUACGCAGGAGGGUCUUGUGUACGCAAACCAACUGUACGCCAAGGACACCAUUGAGACUGCUGCUGGUACCGUGGGUGCGACGUUUGAAGAUGCCAGUGACACCAUACCGGUGCACACAGGCAACCACGGUGCCAGCACUGGCACUGAGAAGACACACGAAGAAGGCUGCAAUGCUUCGAGCCCCAAGCCACGGUCAAUGGUAGAGAUCGCAGAACACCCGGUGCUGCACAAGGAGAAGCCAACUGAGCACCACGGCAAAGUGACGUUCUCAAUGGACGACGACAACGACAACGACAACGACAAAGACAACGAGGAGGAGCCGAAGGAAAACAAGCUGGACGCCAUGAUCGAGAGCCCUGCACCCACCAAGGCACAGCAAUCCCCGAAAGCACAGGACGCUACAAGAACCACCUCUACUCUACGUACACCCGAGAUCCACGUCGAGCCGCAGGUGCAGCGUGGGUCACCAGUGAGCUCCAUGGCCAGCAGGUCCACCACGGCCUCCCCUCCCCACAAGGAGAUGUCUGAGCUGUCAGUCUCCAAGAAACGCGUGGUGCACAACCACUUCGACAUCCCGCACAGCUCAGUAAACACCCACCCUUCCAUGGUCUCCCUCUUCUCAAAGUAA